GGAUUUUCUAGGGCUUUUUCUAUUUUCCCAAUAAAAUGAAGAUAAAGCUUAGCCUCAGCUCAGCUCCCAAUUCUCUCUUCUUCGUCGUCUCUAUCCAAAAUGUACGUGGGCAGCUCAGUUUUUGGUGUUUCUAGCUGUUUUACUCCAAUCUCUUGCUGAUUUGAGUGCAGGGUCCUCUGUCCACCAUUUUGACCUUGUAUGCACUCUUGUGUUAUUUUGUCAUGUCCAGCGAUCUUGUUUCUCAGCAAUUUUCAGGACCACCUGAUGGUCAGCUCAUUCAAAUGGAUCAUGUUUCCAAUAAUCCCGACUCUAUAGCACAUAUGCAGACAAGUAUCGUUGGACACGUGCCAAAUAUUUCUGCAUCACAGCAGCUUGUUUGGUCAAAUGAGCCUACAGCCAACAGAUUUGAUACUUCACUUCCUGUGAAUCAGUUGGGGCCAAUGGGACCCAGAAUGAACCCUCAGCACUUCAUGUUGUCACAUCAGCAGACCAGAGGAGAUAGAUAUGUGCCAAAUAGUCCAGGUGUGCAGAAAUCAUCAGUACUCACCAAGCGGAAGGCUGAGAUGUCAUCAAUGCCGCAUGGUUCUACACCUCAGGUGUCAUCAAUGCCAAAUAAGCGGACUGCACAGGGAACUUUUUUGUCUGCAUCUCCAGGUUUUGUGCAGCAAUCUUCUGCUAUUAAGAAACCUGGACAGCAACAGUCAAAGUUAACUUCCGGAGGUUCAACUAGUCUUCCUGCGUCAAGCAAGAAAUUGACCCGAAAUGAAUCCAUAUCCAAUAGAACUGCCUCCCAGCGGUCGCAGACCCCAAAAGGACGAACAAUUCAAGUUGAGCCGACCUCCAAGGCGCAGUCUGAGUCCUCUGAUGCCAUUAGGUCCAAAAUGAGAGAAUCACUUGCUUCAGCUCUGGCUAUGGCGUGCCAGAAUCCAGCUGCCAAGGAUCUGAGUGAAGCAGUGGGUUCUCAGCCUUCACAACUGAAUGUAACUCCGACAACUGCCAAUGAAGGUCUACCUCAAACCUCUGUCUCACAUGUACCUCAAAACUCUGGCGAUGUACUUCCUUCAACUGGCCCUUUUCCUGUUGAUAGAAAUAAUGACGAUCAUAGUUCAUCUCUUGGGCUUCAUGAUGACGUGAGCAUGGUAAAUUCUGUACCUUGCUCUACUGAACUUGAGUUGCAUGUGGACGAUGUUCCCUUCAGUGACAAUUUCUUUGUCAAAGAUGAACUCUUGCAAGGGAAUGGUCUCACUUGGGCGAUGGAUCUAGAUAUGCAGUUAAGAGAAACUGAUUUCCUCCAGGAUGCUGAAAAGGCCAAUUUGUUUGAUGAGGAUGUGGUUGAAGAUAAAGGUGAGCAUGCAAAAUCAUCUCCUGAAGAUUUAGCUUUGCACAUUGAGGAGGAACUUUUUAAAUUGUUUGGAGGCGUGAACAAAAAAUAUAAAGAGAGGGGCAGGUCUCUUCUCUUCAACCUAAAAGAUCGCAGUAAUCCUGAACUGAGAGAGAGAGUGAUGUCAGGUGAGUUACCUCCAGAUAAGUUAUGUUCAAUGACUGCUGAAGAACUUGCUUCGAAGGAGCUAUCUGAGUGGCGGGUGGCAAAAGCCGAGGAACUUGCUCAAAUGGUUGUUUUACCUGAUAAUGCAAUUGACAUGAGACGUUUGGUUAAGAAAACUCACAAGGGUGAAUAUCAGGUUGAUUUUGAGCGGGAUGAUAAUAAUAUUGCAUCUGAGAUAUCUGCAGGUUCAAAUGUCACACAGUUUAUGCCGAAGAAAGAUGGGGGGAGAAAUUCUGGCCCUUCUGGUAAGGAUGAGUUAGGGAGUAAAGAAAAUCUUACCAGCCAACGUAAUAACUCAGAAAAGCAAGAUGUGAAAGAUAGCUUGGUAAUUCCAGCUGAUGGGGCAGAUUUGAUGCAGGGGAUGGUUGUAGAAGAAUUCAAGGAUGCUGAAUUUCUUCCUCCUAUUGUUUCCUUAGUUGAAUUCAUGGAAUCACUUGAUUCUGAACCUCCUUUCGAAAACCUGCCUGUUGAAAACAAUCAUUCUGCACCUCUUCCAGACAAAGAAAGUUCCGAGGACCCUAACAAUGCUGUGGGUUCUGGUCUAGCCGCUAAAUACCCUGUUGUUGCUUCUGAAGACAAAUCUCUUGAAGGGGUCAAGAAUCAUGUAGAGCAAAAGGAGUCUCUGGUGUCUGCAGGAAGCCCUGUAGCUAAGAAAGUAACUAGUUCUGGUGAUUUGAGCCCUAUCAAGAUGACAGGACCACGUGGUAGUGUUUCUAGAGUUCCAUGUAUCUGGGAGGGGGAACUGCAGCUUACUAUUUCAUCCUUGGUUACAGUCUUUGGUUCGUUUAGAAGUGGUGAAAAGACACCAACUAACGAGUGGCCAAGCUCUCUUGAGAUCAAGGGUAGAGUUCGACUUGAUGCAUUUGAGAAAUUUCUUCAAGAGCUUCCUAUGUCACGAAGUCGUGCAGUCAUGGUUGUUCAAUUUGUUUUGAAGGACAAGUCAUCUGAGAGGGAACGGGCAGACCUAUCUGAGGCAGUGCAUUCAUACGCUUCAGAUGAGAGGUUGGGGUUCGCGGAACCUGCUCCAGGAGUGGAACUAUAUCUGUGUCCACCACACAUACUCGAUAUGAUAAGCAAACACCUUUCCAAAGACCCUAAAGAGCUAUAUGAUUCUACAGAAAAUGGUCUAAUUGGCGUAGUUGUAUGGAGAAAACUUCAUAUAAGUUCAACAAUAUCACCUAACUCGUCGUCUUCACACCAUAAACACAGUUUGAAAAAACAACAGGCGAUUCCUAGAGGACAGCAUGAAAAAGCUGGAAACGUUAAUGUAAAUUCAAUGCCUAAAGCACCCAUGUCCAUGUCUGCGAAAAAUGAUCCUGCAAUGGAUGAUGACGAUGAUAUCCCACCUGGGUUUGGUCCCAAAGCUGGUCGUGACGAUGAUGAUUUGCCUGAGUUUAAUUUUUCUGGCAACAUAAAUGCUUCUAGGCCUAGGCACCCAUCUCAAAACAUGUACCAUGGGUCAAGAAUGAACCCAUAUAACCAAACACCCCCUUCCCGCCCUGUAGACCAAAUGAGAGAACUUAUACUAAAGUAUGGUCAAACUGGUGCUACAAAUGUUGGUCCUGGAACUUCAUCGUGGAAUGACGAUGAUGAUGACAUCCCUGAGUGGCGGCCACAAGCCCCUCCACCCUUGCAGCGUCCUCCAUACCCUUUAGGCCAUAGUUUUCCACAGCCUCUGCAGCCCCCGCAGCACUUGGCUCAUCAGAGACCAUUGGCAACACCUAUGGGUUUGCCUAUGCAACCACCAAUUAAUAAUGGUAUACCAAACAGGCCACAAAUUAUGUCACCAAGGGGGCAAUAUCAAGUUGAUUGGAGAAGGGAUCAAUCAAGGGGUAGGGGGUUCUGAAGUUUUUCAUUUUGAUAGUUCAGUGGUAGCCAUGAUGUAAAUUCUGAAUCUUUGUUGUGUUCGGCUUUUUUUGACUUUUUAGACUAGGUAUCUUAGCCUUUAUUUUAGAUGCUUAAAACUAUAGUUUAUACUGUACUUCUCCAGCAUAAAGGCAAGAGACUGUGAUCUCUUCUAGUUGUUUUACUGUCAUUUUAUCUCAUUAAAAACAUUAUUCUGUUU